AUGUCAAUCAAUAACAACAGUAAUAAUGAAAUAAGAUGUCCAGAACAUAAAAAACAAUGUAAAAUAAUAUGCUAUCAAUGUAAUCAAUUGCUUUGUACUAUUUGUUUGACCGAUAGAUUCAAUGAACAUCGGAAUCAUACCAUUCAACAUAUCAAUAAUAUAAAAAAUAAUCUAUUAAGUAGAUCAUCCAGUAGCAAAAGAUCUAUUAAUAAUAGUGAUGAUGAUGAUAAUAAUAAUAAUACCGCCGAUCAAUAUGAUAUAAAUUCAAAACUGUUGAAUGUAUGGAUUUCUCUAAAGUCAUUGGCUACUAGACAUCAGCUAUUGGAAUUCAAAGAGAGUGAAAUAGCUUCUUACUUCCGAGAGCUUCAUGAAUAUCUGGUGAUCGAGGAACAUCGAUUGAAGAAGCCCAUUGCCCAUGAUCUUGAAACCAUCAAGCAACAAAUACCCAAACAAAUCAAUGAGAUGAAGUCUCUCGUAAAUAUAAUCAACACCUCCAAUAAACAAGAAAUGAACAAACUUAAAAAAGAUGAACAUUUAGUUGGCGAGGAGGAAGAAGAAGAUCAACAUCAACAACAACAAGAUAUAAAUUAUAUUAAUACAGUUCAAUCAACAAUUGAAUCGAUUAAUCAAUCCGAUACAAUGGUUGAGUUCAUCGAAAAUAAUUUAUUGUUUAAAAACGAUAAUGACAAUCUUCGAGGUUUUUAUGGCAAUGUAGAUGAUCCACUUGAAAUGACAAACAUUUUAGAAUUGGUGAAUAAACAUUUCUUACAAUUUAAAUCGGUGGCUCGACAAGAACAGCAACAAAGCCAGAUGUUUGAUGAAUAUAGGUUUACCAUUAAACCAUUUGAUAAGAAACAAUUUAGUUCGAUUAUAAAACAAUCGAUUCAAAAGACAAUCACACAAACCUAUAUCUUUUCAGGACAUCAACACCGUGGUGUUUCGCUGAUUUCGCUACUUGACAACUCGAUGAUACCUAUCAAUGCUGAAUCGGAACUCUUCAUGACUUACAACUCGUUCGUUGCAGUAGAUCGACAUAUCUAUAUCUUUGGCGGAGCGAACCAGCAGAACAAAGCGACCAACCAAUACUCUAGAUUCUCACUCGAUCUAAUGUGUUUCGAUAUGCUAGCCGAUAUCGACGGUGGCGUUGAAGGUGGACGAUCCAUCUCGGUUUGUUACGACGGUUCCUCACACAUCUAUCUGGUGAACGGAUGCACCGACGUCAACAACCAAGUCGUUCGACACCACCGAAUCGAUCGUUUCAACUUGAACACUCACAAAUUCGAGAAAUACUAUAGUUUCGUAGCGAGUGGAUCGAAUCACGUCCUCUCAUUCUUCUUUGAAGGACUGCUCUACUCUGUUCCUACCACCGAGCAGAAGCUCUAUAUAUUCAAUCCGGUCAGCAAGCGGCUCGAUACCUUCUCAUCUGAGCGUCUUUUCACACGAUCGUUUGCGGCGUGCACCGACGGCAACGGAAACAUCUAUAUCCACUCUACGGAUAUGCGAUUCAUCCGGCUCAACGUCACCAACAAGAGCGUUGAAUACUUGGCACCGGCGGCGCGCUUCGAUUCCGCAAUCCCAAUGAUCUACUAUCAAUCAAAGAAUGAGUCAUUCAUCUACUUUAUGGGUGGUAAAGAUAUUGGAAACUAUCGAUACACCAUAGCAAGCAACAAAUGGAAACCAUUUUUAAAACAUGAUCAUUCUCAACGAGUUGCGUGUGGUGGUGCACUCAUACUAACAUUAUAA